AUGAUUUUAGAUUUUCCUGAUAAUCUAAAUUCAAGUCAAUCAAUAAUGCCUGAGAAAUAAACAAAAGAUUGGCAUUCUGAAUUGAAAUUUUUACAUUACUUCCCUAAAAAUAAAUGUUUUGGAAAAGAAGAACAAGAAAUUACCAGAAAUAUUAAAAAUAUUGAAAUGCAUUAUAAAGUAUUCAUUAUUGUAUAAAAAGUAAAAAGUAUAAGAAAUGGUAUCAUAAAUAUUAACAGAUGAAUAAGGCACAUUAAAUAUUAUACCUAAAAAAGCAAAUAUUGAUUUGAAAAGAGCAAUCUAACCUAAAUUAGACAAAUUAAAAAAAAAAACAGAAAGGGCUAUAGUGGAUAUAUUGAGUAAUUAAUUAAUAUAAUUUCAAGAUGAAAGAUUUUUUAAAAAAGAAGUUGAUAAAAAGGAAGAAGUCAUAGAACCAUAAAUUUCAACUAUUGUAGAACCAAUAAAAGACAAUAUUAAUGUCUAUGAUAAAGAAAUUGAAAUAGAUGAUGAUGAUUAUGAUGAUGAUUACGAAACAUUAUGA